UGAUGAGUUACUCGCUCGUUGCCGAUAUUUUUUAACAAAUCAUUAGUAGACGGCACGCGAGCCGAUUCAGUGACAAGGGUUGCGUAAACAAACCCAGUUGUAAUCUGUAAAACCAAUUUACUGCAGGAAAAAAAAGCAAAACAACAACAACAAAAAAACUGAUGAUGUUCACCAGUUUCCCAAGCAGAAGCAUCAGUCUCAAACAUUAAACUGAUUGCUUUUUGAUUAUAGGUAUACUGUGAUAUGACGUCAGAGGUCGAAGGAUGGACUCUUAUUGCUCGAUUCUCAAAUAACGACAACAUGAACUGGAUGCGUGACGACGGACUCUGGUGGUAUGAUCAAGAUGUUGCCAUGGGAACAACAACAGAUCCAUCCAUUAACUCUGACAUGAUCUCACCUGCGUUUUGGUUAGUUAGUGGCAGAGAGUUUAAGAUCACGCGCAGUGAUGACCCCAGCCACACUCCUUUGUUACAGACCACAGGUAACUGUUUGGCUGGACAAACAUUCCGAUCAAAAAUCACAAGCUAUGGCGACUUUAGAAAUGGUAAAGUUUGGGCCAGUGACCAGUGCCUGGGAAGCUGCACAGUUCAAUAUGGCGGUCGGUACAACUCAACAGACGGGUUUCAACAGGCUGAGUGUAGUGGAGACAUCCAAAGCGCCAACAACAUCGGCUUCUGGUAUGACUGGAGUGACGGUGAUGGAUCAGUGAUGAUGAUUGGUGGAGGAGGAGGAAGUUGUCAACGUGCUGAUCACGGUAUUGGAAUAACUGAGGCUGGCAAGGCAUCAUUCAUUGACGAUGAUUACUCGGGGCGAUAUCAGGACAACAUUGAAUAUGACUUUGGGUAUAAUGCUCUCCCAGCUUUCACUCCAUCCCGGUCCUACUCGUUAAAUCUGUGGAUCCGUUGAGUAGGAUCAAUCAAAAGCAGCAUUUUCGUUUUAAGUUGACGUUCCAGGUUAUUCUUGAGCUCUAAGUUUGCGCAUGCUGUUAGGCAAAACUACAAAUGAGAUGAUCACUGCUGAUUGACAACGUUACAUGGGAUUUGAUGAGAUUAAUUCUUGGCUUGCACUGUCACGCAAUCCUGACGCAAUAUAAAAAAAAACAUUAUUCGAA